GUGCUGGGCGCGGGGGGGGGCGGGCGGAAGAACCGGAGGCGGCGGAGAAGGGAAGGAGAAGGAGAAGGAGAAGGAGAAGGAGAAGAAAAGAAGGAGAAGGAAAAAGAAGCGAAGAUGCUUCUUUAAAAGCCGGGCAAGGAACCGGCGGGAGAAACGGGCGCCGGUCCGGGCUCCGGAGCUACCCAGGGACUCUGCCUUCCGCCGGGCGGAUGCGCAAGUGACCUCGUCGCCCAGGCGAAGCCAGCUCUCCCUCCGAGCUGGGCGAGCCAUGCCGCCUCUCUUGCGGGGCUCCUUCUGGCUGUGCCUGGCCCUGUUGCCCGGCUUGGGCGCUCCGAUGCCGACGGAGAUCGUGAUUCCCAUCCGCCUGGAUCCGGAUCUCAACGGGCGACAGUACUUCCAGCGGGGGGCCGAGGAACCCCCCCAGCCAGGGGCCAUCUUCCAGAUCACCGCCUUCCAGGAGGAUUUCUACUUGAACCUGACCCCGGACUCCCAGUUCUUGGCGCCCGCCUUCGCCACCCGUUACCUGGGCUCUCCAAGGAGGGCUGAGCAGCGGGACUUGCGCCGCUGCUUCUACUCCGGCGACGUCAACUCGGAUCGGGACUCCUUCGCCGCCCUAAGCCUCUGCGGAGGGCUGACCGGCGCCUUCGGCUACCGGGGGGCCGAGUAUCUCAUCAGCCCGAUGGGCAACAUCAGCAGCACCGAGGGCGGCGGCGGCGGCGGCAGGGCGCUGCGCAACAGCCAAGGGGCGCACCUGUUGCAGCGACGGAGCGCGCCUCGCCACGCCGCGGGCACCUCUCGUUGCGGGGUGGAUUCGGCCUCCCACCCGGCUUUGGUGCAAGCCCUGGAGAAGUACAAGGGCUCCGGGUCCGGAGGGACCAAACCGGGCCAGAACGAGACGGGCCGGGGGAUGCCCUCGGGGCCCAAGAAGAGCGGCCGCGCCAAGCGCUUCGUCUCCAUCCCCAGGUACGUGGAGACGCUGGUAGUGGCCGACGAGUCCAUGGUCAAGUUCCACGGCGAUGACCUCCAACACUAUCUGCUGACCCUGAUGGCCACGGCCGCCCGGCUCUACCGGCACCCCAGCAUCCAGAACCCCAUCAAUCUGGCGGUGGUCCAGUUCAUGGUCAUCGGCCAAGACGACAAGGGGCCCAAGGUGACGGGCAACGCGGCGCUGACCCUGCGCAACUUCUGCGUCUGGCAGAAGAAAUGGAACAAGGGCAGCGACAAGCACCCCGAGUAUUGGGACACCGCUAUCCUCUUCACCAAACAGGAUUUGUGUGGGGCUACCACCUGUGACACCCUGGGAAUGGCGGAUGUCGGCACCAUGUGUGACCCCAAACGCAGUUGCUCCGUCAUUGAGGACGAUGGUCUUCCUUCGGCUUUUACUACAGCUCAUGAGCUAGGACAUGUAUUCAACAUGCCCCAUGACAACGUGAAGGCUUGUGAAGAAGUCUUUGGUAAACUGAAGACCAACCAUAUGAUGUCCCCCACUCUCAUCCAAAUUGACCGUAUCAACCCAUGGUCACCUUGUAGUACAGCAAUCAUCACUGACUUCCUGGACAGUGGACAUGGUGACUGCCUCCUGGACCAACCCACCAAGCCGAUCUCCUUGCCUCAAGAACUUCCCGGUUCCAGCUACAACCUCAAUCAGCAGUGUGAGCUGGCCUUUGGCAUUGGCUCCAAGCCUUGCCCGUACAUGCAAUACUGCACCAAGCUUUGGUGCACCGGGAAGGCUCGUGGUCACAUCAUGUGCCAGACCCGUCACUUCCCUUGGGCUGAUGGCACCAGCUGUGGAGAAGGGAGGUUCUGUAUGAGAGGUGCCUGUGUGGAGAGGCAUAACAUCAGUAAGUACCGGGUGGAUGGCAACUGGGGGAAAUGGGCACCUUAUGGAUCCUGUUCAAGGACAUGUGGUGGAGGUGUCCAGUUGGCGAAACGUCAAUGCAACAAUCCCCCUCCAGCCAAUGAAGGGAAGUAUUGCGAAGGGGUUCGAGUUAAAUAUCGCUCCUGCGGUUUGGAUCCCUGCUUUGCUUCAGUUCCAGGGAAGAGUUUUCGGGAAGAACAAUGUGAGGCUUUCAAUGGCUACAACCACAGCACAAAUCGGCUCACCGCCAUUGUUUCUUGGGUCCCCAAAUAUUCUGGGGUGUCUCCCCGGGAUAAGUGCAAACUCAUCUGUCGAGCCAAUGGAACUGGCUACUUUUAUGUUUUAGCCCCAAAGGUGGUGGACGGUACACCGUGUUCUCCAGACUCUAGCUCGCUAUGCGUCCAGGGGAAAUGUAUCAAAGCUGGGUGCGAUGGGAAACUCGGUUCCAAAAAGAAAUUCGACAAGUGUGGCGUGUGUGGAGGAGACAACAAAAGCUGCAAGAAAGUUUCAGGCUUGUUCACCAAACCCAUGCAUGGCUACAACUUUGUGGUGCUCCUUCCAGCUGGCGCCUCCAGUAUUGACAUCCGUCAGAGAGGUUACAAGGGUCUGAUUAGUGAUGACAAUUACCUGGCCCUGAAGAAUGCACAUGGGAAAUAUCUUCUGAAUGGACAUUUUAUUGUCUCCGCGGUGGAAAGGGACUUAAUAGUCAAGGGCAGUGUGAUUCGCUAUAGUGGAACAGGUACAGCAGUGGAAAGCCUCCAAGCCUUUAUGCCCAUCCAGGAACCCCUGACGGUGGAAGUGCUAUCAGUUGGGAAGAUGACACCACCUCGUGUACGCUACUCCUUCUACUUGCCCAAAGAAAGCAAAGAGGACAAGUCUUCCUACCACCGUAAAGAUGGGAAGCGUCCUCCAGUCCUCAACAACAGUAUUCUCAGCUUAUCCAACCGCCUGGACCUGGGUCAGCUGGAUUACAAACGCCCCACUUACAAAUGGGCUACCACCAAUUGGGAAGACUGCUCGGUCACUUGCGGCAACGGUUUGCAGAAACGCAUGGUGCUGUGUCGCGACGCCCUUGGCCAGCUGGCCUCCUCUUGCGAUGCCACUCAGAGGCCUGUUGACAUCAGGAUAUGUGGAGAUCCUUGCCCGACUUGGGAGGCAUCUCCCUGGUCCUCGUGUUCCAAAACUUGUGGCAGGGGGUUUAAAAGGCGCAUGCUGAGAUGCACGGGGCGGGGCGGCACCCUGCUGCCCCGCGAACGCUGCAACCUCAGGAAGAAACCACAGGAGUUGGACUUUUGCACCCUGAGACCUUGCUGACCGGGCUGUCUCUCUCAUUGACCAAAGUCAAAUGGGCUACUUUCUGACUCUCGGUGAUCAAGUGGCUGAAAGUGUAAAAAUAGCCUCUGGGGGGGAGGGAGGGAGUGGGAUCCAGCUGAGUCGAAGGAGGUCCGCUACGUAGUGCAUUUUGACCAAGGACAUUCUAAGAGGGGAGAAGAAGAGUACCAAUAAGAAAGGGGCUUGACAGAGGUUUGACCAUCCAGUCACUUAGUAGUAAAGCAGAAGUAAACAACUACCUCGGAACUGCCCAAACCUCCUAGAAGUUAUCACCAUUCAACCAUGUAUUCUGUGGCCCUGAAAAAGAAGGCAAGGCCAGAAUUGAAAAAGCAGCACUAUCUUGAGAUGGACCAAAGCCAAGGAAGGCGAUUCUUUAGAGCCAUGGUUCUAAAUCCUUUCCAAAAUAAAAAAAAAAGAUCUAAAACAUAAAAGGGACUCUAAUGACCACCCACCUCCUCCUUCAACUCCUAGAGUUAUAGCGGACCGUAAGGAAGGGCCAUUGAACCUAGAACAAAGGAAUUGCCGGACUUCCAUGAGCAUAACAUGGUACCCCUAAGAAAGUGAUAUCGUAGCUCUGAUGGAAUUGCAGGUCUCUAGACACACGCGGGUUUCAUACUUCCGUGCAGGACUAAUAACCAGUCACUGAUUGGUAGUUACCAAUUAACAUUUAUGAGCAAUGUGCAUUUUAAUGGUGCUGGACCAAAUUGCCUCUGAAGUGUUGGCUUUGCCUGCUUCUCAUGGUUCGUGCCAAGAGAUCUACCAUGUUGGGUAAGGUGGAGCUGCAUCUUAUUUUUCCUGUGGCUUAGUGAACAGGAAUGCGUCUUUUGUCUUUUCUUCCCUGCUUUUGUUAUUUAAGCCCACAUAUCUUCCAGGGUCACUGUUUCAUGUUAGAAUUCUCCCAGUGGUGAAAUCCAUUUUUUUUUUUUACUACUAGUUCUAUGGGUGUGGCAUGGCUUGUUGGGUGUGGCUGGGUGGCAGGGAAAGGAUACUGCAAAUUCCCCAUUCCCUCCCCACUCCUGGGGGAAGGAUACUGCAAAAUCUCCAUUCCCACUGCACUCCAGGGGAAGGAUACAGCAAAUUCCCCAUCCCCUCCCCACUCCUGGGGGAAGGAUACAGCAAAUUCCCCAUCCCCUCCCCACUCCUGGGGGAAGGAUACUGCAAAUUCCCCAUUCCCUCCCCACUCCUGGGGAAGAAUACUGCAAAUUCCCCACUCCCUCCCCACUCCAGGGGAAGGAUACUGCAAAAUCUCCAUUCCCACCCCACACCAGGGGAAGGAUACUGCAAAUUCCCCAUUCCCUCCCCACUCCAGGGUAAGGAUACUACAAAUUCCCCAUUCCCUCCCCACACCAGGGGAAGGAUAGUGCAAAAUCUCCAUUCCCUCCCCACUCUGGGACCAGCCAAAGGUGGUAUUGGCUGGUUCUCCGAACUGCUAAAAAUUUCUGCUACCAGUUUGCCAGAACCUGUCAGAACCUGCUGGAUUUCACUCCUGAAUUCUCCCAUCCACAAUGCAUCUGCAAAAUACACGUGAACACCUGGGUUCAGGCCAGGCUAGCUUUGUCCUUUGUAUGAAAAAAAUAUAUGAAAAGGUGAUAAAUUUAAAUGUUUCCAGGAUGCUUCUGCUGGUGUACUUGAACAAGUAAGGGAGAAAGUAUAGUUGUAACUAAUGCCCAACUAAUCAAAGAGAGAACCAAGCUAGAACUAAAGAGAAAUUUCCUGACAAUUAGAACAAUCAAUCAGUGGAACUGUUUGCCUCCGGAAGUUGUGGUUGCUCCAACACUGGAGGGUUUAAAAAGAAAAGAUUGGACAACCAUUUGUCUGAAAUGGUAUAGGGCUUCCUGCAUAAGUAGGGGGUUAGACUAGAAGACCUCCAAGAUCCCUUCCAACUCUGUUAUUCUGUUAGAUUGAGCAACGAUCUUAUCUGUCAUACAGAAGCAUCUUCUGUCAUCCUGUGCUGAAAACCUAUUAGGGUGAUAUUGCACCUUAAUGUUUUCUAUAUAAAUUCUAUAAACUAAAAUCAAAUUGUUAACAUAGCUAUUGUUUUCCAACCUGGUGGGCAUGUGAAAAGAUAUCGUUCCCAUCUCAUGAAAAGCAGAAUAUUCCUGGAUCUUAUAGAUAGCUUAAAGGGUAGCGUUUGGUGCGUACCUGUUCUGUUUCCCUCCCCCCAAUACUCCCAGCAAAGAGUCAGUCAAAGGCCUUCUUUUCUAAUUUAUUCACAUAGAUAAAUGUCCUGGCCACGUCUACCCACGGGCCUGCCAAGUUUCUGGAGAUAACGAGGAAAUUAUAGAUAAGGCCAGAAUUACUCACGAAUAUAUUCUUCCCUCCAUUGAUACAGUUUGCCCGUGCAAAUUCAUUGCUUUGUCCAAGAUAAAAAACCAGGAAGUCCCGCCUCCUAUUUAUAGUCUCUGCAGAUGUCACUGCAUGACAAUCAUUCCUUGGCUUUAUCCCAACGCUGCUUCUGCUGCGCGCGCCGGUCACAUUUGCGCAGUCUUGCAUCACUCCAAAACUGUUCUUGGGGCGUUGCCAAAUCACAAGAAGGCUCAAGAGAAUCAGGCCUUGCCGGCCCCUCCUCCUCCCUUUGAGUGGGUGCCAGGGAGGGAGAGGGCCCAAGAGAAGCAGGGCUUGCCAGGUCUUCUCCCUCACUUUCUGAAUCAUCCGAGUCCAGGAGUCCGGGUCCAGGAACCUGGGUCACAACAGUACCUUCCCAUAAGAUAGACCAGUAUAACAGCUUGCCACCAGAAGUUGUAGGGGCUUCAUCCCUGGAGGUUUUUAAACUGAAACUGGACAGUCAUUUGUCCGAAAUGGGAUAGGUUCUCCAGCUUGAUCAGGGGGCUGGUCUAGAAGACCUCCAAUAUCCCUUCCAAUUCUAUUCCGAUUCUGAUUCAGGUGGGAAUAUAGUUCAUCCUAAGGCAAAGCAAGGCAGGACAAAUGUUGCAUGAAGUGAAACACUGUCCAGAGUCAAGGUCCUUGAUUGUGUCAUCUUAGGGUUGUUGGUUUAGGAUCUAGUCUCUACAUCUUUCUUUAGGGACACCAGACAAUAUUCUUAGGCAACUGCCGGGAUUUCUUACAGCAAUCAUUAUACUAGCCUUUGGCAGCCAAAGAACAAAUUAAUAGGCCAUUCCUAUUAUCUGCAGGUGAAAACAGCUGUUGACAAUGCUCCAGAAGACAAUCCAAUUUCCAUAGUAUUUGUUCUAUCCUCCUUCGCCUCCGUCUGAGUGAUGGCUUAAUUAGCCGGCACUAUCAGCUCUGGCAGCAAAAUAGUCUGCCAAGUAUCUCUAUUAUCUCCCUUGACGCCGAUGAGUCACCCAAGAACAAACUUCAGCUCUUAGUUAAUCAGUUGAUUUGCCUGCUACGAAGAGGCACAGCAGUUCUUGCUGCCUUUAUAUCCUGUGGGGUGUGGCUCCAUGACUCAGCAUUUCCUAGGCCUGCCCCACCCCUGCUUCUGUUAUUGCCUCCUCUCCUGCCUACGAAACCUAGGGUCCAACCAAGCCUGAUUGCCAUCAGCUGGGUCUGGAGGCGUGGCCUGGGGGGGAAGUCAGGGGAUGGAGGCCUCGUUAUCUCCUCCACCUGGCCUGCCUCUGGCUCCUGGAGCUGAGCCAGGGAAGCCGGUGCUACCAAGGUAAGUCCUGAUGGCCCUUCCCCCUCACUUUCCAAGUCAUUUUCUGGCAGGAGGCCCGGCUUCAAGUCACUUUCUGGCAGGAGGCCUGGCUUGGGGGGCGCAGACACAACAUCUACUUACCUUCCCUACCCGUUCGGAUGUGCAUGCGCUGUGACAUGCGUCAUGUGUGCACGGCGAUCCUCUGCGCAUGCGCAAACUCUUCUGCGCAUGCUCAGAGGGUAAAAAACAGAUUACUUCCUGGUUAAAACCAGGAAGUAAUGACAACCGGAAGGGUGGGUGGAGUUUUGAGCUGCCAUCGUUACCGGUUCUCCGAACCACUGGCCAUCAUCACUACCGGUUUGGCCGAACCGGGCCGAACCGGGAGCAUUUCACCCCGGUUUGAUAUCUGUGGAUUCUAUAAUAGUAGUAAGCAUCCCCCACUCCACAAAAUGCACACUUUGAUGUCUGGAGUAGAAAUAAAAGCCAAAAAUCUUCUCUGGCCUCAAGUGUGUAUCUUGGUGAAAGACAAGUUAUGCUAAGAGCUUCUGAGACUUUACAUUCUUCCUCCAGAUUUUUCAUGCCUUCCCCCCCCGCCCCGAAAUAAUCAUGGGCUUCUUUUCAGCCACAUGUAGCAAAGAGAGGAACUCUUUGGGGUUUUUCAAAAUGGUGCUUCUUAUACGAGUUUUUUUGGUUCUAUUUUUGAAUAGGAUUUCUAUUUACAAAAAAGUAGGACCAUUCCUCUCUCUCUCUCUCUCUCCUUCAAGAAUGUUUACAAGAAUGUUUUUUUUUAAAAAAACUGUGUUAUACUCACAAAACAGAGGUGGUAUUCACUUAUCUUCGCUACCGGUUCACAAAUGUGAGCGCACGCACCACCUCUAUGCAUCCAUCCAUAGAGCUUUCUGUGCAUGCACAAAAAUGGGACAUUACCGGUUUGCCUGAACUGGUUAGAACCGACUAAAUAUCACCACUGUCACAAAACCAUGAGCAAAGAUAAUGGGGGUGUUGUGGUCCGUCAGCAGACUACAGAGCUGGCAACAGAAUCGGACAGCGAUGAGGUUGAGGUGGGGCCAGGGCCAUCGGGGAGUGAAGUGCGGACUCCAAAGCCUCCAGAGACUGAUAGUAGUGAGGCAGAGGAACAGGAGGAGCCUGUUCCUAAUGCACGCAUGAGAAGAGCUGCCAGAAGGCAUGAGCAGCUCAAGCAGAGAGGACAACUCGGGCCAAGAGAUGAUUGGCCCCUCCCAUAAGGCGUUUCAGCUUUGCCGGAAAACAACAUUGUAGCUGCGUCUUCUCCUUCAUCUUCUGCUUCAUCUAUGUCUUUGUUUUUGUGAUUUCUGGACGUUUGCCAGGAAGGGCCUUUGGCAGUUUCCCUAAUUGGACCAAGGUUUGUGAGAUAACUGAGGAAUUUGUGUUGGGAGGCAUUUGUUUUACUUCGAGUUGAACGACGGUGGGAAUGAAGUAAUUCUCAGCUGUUCGAAUAAAGUUUGUUUUUCCACGGACUAAGUUUAUUACAACCUACUUGGGCCUGGGUCACAACAGGGGGCUUAUCCAACCCUGUUGAAAUGGCUCCAUGGAAACCAAUAGAUUUAUUUUAGAGGAGCAGAAUUAGACCUUUUAUGGGGAAGGCUUCUUUUUACCUUGAGCUGGUAGGAAGAAGAAUUAUGAAGAUUCAUUGGCCAAUACCGUAGUGUGUAGAAUGGUGAAUUUCUGGACUGGGCAGAAUUGUUUUUGGUGUCCUUCUUCUCUAGUAUACUGUAUUUCCACGGUGCUUGACUGCUAUUAUUUCUAGACCUUUGUAUAGAAUUUAGGUAAUGAAAGUUUUUGAAGGGUUCUAAAAUUAAUCCGUGGAGUCCAAACCAACAGAUUAAUUUCUCACGCUUCCAGCACACACUUUUAUGUGAAAGCAUUCAUAUCGAACAUAUCAACCCUGUUAAGGUUGAUUUAAGAAGUCCUUUGAAAUUUGACCAAUUUCAGGAUCAUUUGCUGAGUGAAUUCAGGUACUUUUUAAAAAUUGACUAUCUGAUUUUACUAAAAAAGAAAGGGGCGGGGCGGGGCUAUGGCAUGAACUUGAGCAAGGUUGCUAUUGGUGCAGACUUGAGUUCAUUGCUCUUGUUCCCCCCACCCCAAGUUUCUUUUGACAGCUAACCUGGUAUAAUAUAUGUUUUUGGGUAUGGCUAUGUCCUUGAGUACGUUGAUAAUUCCAGUGGGUCUCUAGGGAUGAGAAAUUCCAGAAAGUAUUAUCUAUCCGCUGUAAAUGUCCGCUAAAUAGGAAAGUUAGGUUGUGUAACAGGUUGGCUUUAGAACCCAUUUCAGAACUGGGUUGUUUUUUUAUUAUGAUUAUUUAGCUGUCACUUGUCAAAUUUGCAGCUGGUCUUGGUCACUAUUACUUGGUUUUUCAAUUGGCUCCCGGGGAAUAAUCAAUCAUGGCCUGUCUCGAUGUGUCAUGCUGGUUAUGACACACUUCCCCAUUCAAAGGAAGCAAUGAGUCAUUGAAUAUUUAUGGGAACAUGGGGCUCUGGAACCAGUUGGGUGGUGGACUUUUUCCAGCAAUGGCUGUUCUAAGGCUCUGGGCGUCAGAUGCUUAAAGAACAAUGUCAAAGAUGCUGAGGCCUAACUAAUCUUCCAGAUAGAUGUAUUGGCUCCCGCCAGCUCAUAAAAAUUCACACUUCCUCUUAUUGUCAGGUCAGUUUCUGGUUCUGAUUACAUCACAAGCUUUUGUCCAUUUUAAUUUUUAUUAUCCUGCCAAGACCUUUCUCUAAACGAUUCCGGAGUCGGUAGGUUUAAAGAGACAUUAUGAAAUCCAUCGCUCCCAUUAUUUAGAGAAAAGGGGAUGACUAAAUCCAUUUAAUUCUAUGGUGUACAAUUAUCUACGUCUCUAAGGAAAGCAAACGGCAGACGGUGGAAGGCGACCGUCUUCCUCCUAUAAAUAUGGUGUGCGUACUUGUGUUUGUGUGUAUGUGAACUGUUUAAGAAUCCUAGGAAUUGUAGUUUGGCAAGAGUAAUGAGAAAUGUCAGUAAGAAAUUACAGUUCUUGAAACAAACAGCUUUGUUUCCCAAGCUCCCUUGGGGAGAAGAAACAGCUGUUCAACUAAUUUAGGUUUCUAGUUAUGUCCACCAACUCAACUGUUUUGUCUUCCCUCGUCCCAAAAGCUUUGCAGAUGUGUGUAUAUUUGUGGGGAGGUUCAAAUGCUAAACGAUUUCUUCACAAACACACACACCCUGCCUAGUAUACACCUGAAUCACGAUGCGAUGAUUGUUUGCAGAGGGAUCUCGUUUCUUUCUUUGGAUUGAUAAACGUGUCAGUGUCAAAUAUUUUGUGCCCUUGCCACUCAUCUAGCCAAAAUGUAGGUAUCUAUUUUCCCUGGUUAAGAUAAGUUGCGAUUACAUUCCAUUGUCUGUGGAAAUCCUCAGUCAUCCAGGUCAUGGUUGUCUCAAAAGUGCUUUCUUUCUUUCUUUCUUUUUUUUAAAAAGGCAACUGGACUUUUUUUUCCCUUGAAGACAUUUCGCUUCUCACCCAAGAAGCUUCUUCAAUUCUGACUUGAACUGAAGAAGCUUCUUGGAUGGAGAAGGGAAAUGUCUUCAAGGAAAAACAAAGUCCCAGUUGUCUUUUGAAGAAAGCCUCUUUGGGACAUUCCAUUCCAUCAAAUUCUGAAAUUUGGAAUUGAGGGCGGAAGAGGCUGAGACUUGCCAAAAGAGUUUCAGAAAAUCUUAAAUAUUAAAAAAAUAGGGGGUAACAUCCUACAAUACAUCGAUGAUGCAAAUAUAGAUUAAGCACAGACCUCAAGUGGAAUGUUGAUUUCUCCCAGGACGGAUCUGAUUGGAUGUUUUUAAAGAUUUCUCCUCCCCCUUUAUUCAUGGAUUGGCCUAUCAUGUCUCUCAGAGGUUUGCCUUAAACUUUUCACUUCCACAACAGUUGUGUCUCGUAAACUAUACAGCACUGAAGUCCUUGUUUUGGUUUUGGUGAUACUGGGGGGAGAAGGGCUUUUAAUUGUAAUGUGGGUUUUUAAUAGUUCUUUUGCAAAAUAUACAGCAAAAGGAUGGAAAUGCCUAUGGUACUGGGUGCUUGGUGUAUACCAUGUAUACUAUAUGUCAGUUUUCUGCUCUUUGUGUGUCAGUGGCAAACCUGAAAUAAAAAUAGUUAAAUAUUUAAAGAAUUUUGUC